AGGGGGUCGGGGCGGCAGCAGGGCCGGAGCUCGGGAGCGGCGGGGGCUGGGCCCCCGGCGCAGGACUCGGUCCGUGGCGGCCGGUACUGCCGUGGGGCGAGAAACCCCUUUUCCGGAGCGGUGGGUAACGUCCGGCUCUCGCUUACCGGCAGGCCGCGGGGUUGAGGCUUAAGUAGUUAGGAAGAGCUGACUGCGAAAGAGAAAAUGACAUCUCUAGAAAAAGUUGACGAUGCCUCGUCACCCAUCCGAGGACCUGGAGAUGGCAUGGAAACAGAGCAGACAGCUGAAUCUGUGGAAGGAAUCUCUGGAGCCAGUGCUGCAAACCAUCACAUCCACCACAGCCCACAUAAAAAGACAGUCUCUUCCCUGAGUCCUGGAGUUCUGCAGCUAGGGAAAGUACAUGCUGAUAAAUCAGUGGAGAUAGAAGCUAUUCGUAUAUUAGUCCCCAAAGCAGCUAUCACCCAUGUUGUUCCAGCUAAAAAUGGUAAGGUAGCUAAGUCAGUGGGACAUAAAGGAGACACGUUCCAUCAGUCAGAUGGAGCCACAGAUCCCAAGAAAGAACAGAUAGAGCUGAAAAAUGCAAUCAAAAAGCUAAAGAAUUCAGAAAAGCGGUUGUUGCAGGACAAAGAAGGUCUCUCUAAUCAGCUGCGUAUACAGACGGAGGUGAAUCGGGAGCUGAAGAAAUUACUUGUUGCUUCUGUUGGGGAUGAUCUGCAGUAUCACUUUGAACGGAUGGCUCGUGAGAAAAAUCAGCUAAUCCUAGAAAAUGAAGUCCUGGGCCGGAAUAUGUCUCAGUUGUCUGAACAAUUGGAGCGCAUGUCUAUACAAUGUGAUGUGUGGCGAAGCAAAUUCCUAGCAAGCAGGGUUAUGGCUGAUGAGCUAACCAAUACCAGAGCAGUUCUUCAGCGUCAAACCAGGGAUGCACAGAGUGCAAUCCAGGACUUGCUGAAUGAACGCGAUCAGUUCCGUCAAGAGAUGAUUGAAACACAGAAGCUGCUGGAGGAGCUGAUGGUUUCUCUUCAAUGGGGGAGACAACAGACGUACUAUCCUAGUGCCCAACCUUACACUACAACAGAGCUAGCAGCUGUGAAUUGUAAGCUAGCCAAAGCUGUAAGCUCACAUCUUCUUGGAAAUGUUGGCACUAACAGUCCAAAAAAGACUUCAACAGCUGUGGAGUUUUGCAAUACCCCUGCUGAGAAAAUGGCUGAAAUGGUGUUACAUGUACUGGAUCCAGCUGCACGUACAGAAACAUCAACAGAAGUUUCUUUUUCUGAGACUUCUCCAUCCUCCUUCCUUUCCACAAAGAAGAAUAUUGGACGUUUUCACCCAUAUACAAGAUACGAAGAUGUAACUUUCAAUUGUUGCAAUCACUGUCAAGGAGAGCUGCUAGCCCUUUAAAACCACAGCCAGGGCAACUGCACAUGCACUCGUUCUGAAGAAUUACACUAGUUGAUGUUCAGCAGACUUCCCUUUUUCCUAUUUCUUUCCAUAAGGGGUGGGUUUAACAUUGGAAAUUAUGCAGCUUCUGCUUCUCUACCUCUUGAAGUUAGGGUCUGACAGGAUUUCCUUAGAUUCUGGGAUACUUCUACUACUUUUCAGUCUGGAAAGCUACUUAUUUUCUUCCUCAAAGGCAAGACCAAAAAUGUUAUGCUGGUCCAAUUUGUAGAGCAUAGAGGUGCCCUUGACUGUUUAAGGCUUACAGUCUUAGCAAAUUUCAAUGAGUUUCUCUUUAGAAGGAGACAAAAGUGUAACUAUACCAAAGUAAAUGAAUUGCUGAUAGGUUAAGUUUAUUAAAAAAAAAAAAAAAAGCAAUGGAAAAUGGUCAGCUCCAUGCUUUUUUUUUUUUUUUUUUUUUUUUUUUUUUUUUUUUUAAUCUUAGCCAAGGUAUGAACUGUCCCCAAGUCCUAUGUUAAGCCUUUUAAAUUUAGUAAUAAAAAGGAACAUGUGCAAUGAUUCCUCAUAGCUGUAAGUUAAUAAAAAGGAACAUAUGCAAUGAUUCCUCAUAGCUGUAAGUUCUGAAAGUAAGAGCAUAUGCAGUGUUGCAGCUUUCCUGGCAAGAAGGGGAAAGAGCUUGAAUGAACUCUAGCUAUAAUAUAUAAAUAGUAACUGGGUUUAAAUGGAUUCUGGAAAACCGUGUGGGGUGAGAUUAUUCUUGUCUUUCCAUAAAGCUAAAAUAAUAGCUUUUCCAUCUAUUUCAGCUUCUAGAGUGAAGCUGCUGCAUAGCUGAUCCUCAGCGAAGACAGACUGAUAUACCUCCGUUAGUGCAUAGUGUUCAAACCUGACCUAGCAUUAGAACUCAGUCCUUGCCCAAGGUCUUCCUGGGUGUUAUGGGAAGCUGAAGAUAAGCACUAAGUUUGCACAGAUACUGGUAAAAAAAAUAUAUAUUUUUUUACUUGUAUGGUUUUAUAAUCUUGAUGUAGGUUCAAAGAGAACUUCUAGCAGAUAAUCUGCUAAAUCCAAAGAAGCCUAUUUAAGUUGCAAAUGUAAAGAGGAAAGGUAGGAGGAUGCAAAUAUACAUUUUAAUUUCUUAGUUUCACUCUGAAAUUUAUCAUAUGUAAGUGUCUAGUUUGGGGAAAGUAUUUCUGAAAUGGUUGCUGUUACCCAGUUUUCCUUUGGAUCUCAUACCAUGAUCAGAGUAUGUGAGUUACCAGUUCUUGCUGUUGCUGGCCCUGCUUUGGUUUGCAUGAAGAAAGCUACAAUAAACCUUCUUUGCUUCCUUUCAA